CCAACCGAACAGCGACGGGUCCACUUAAUGGGGUGCCUCCGCCAGCGUUGCUGUCCCACCAAGACAGUGCACGCGUCACGUCCGACUUCAUCGUUUGCUUCCAACUUUUGGUAGUAUUUUCUCGUCUAUUUGUCUUGUACUUGUUGGCGCCGCUGCAUGUCGAUACAGAACAGCAAUUGACAUCGGUUCUGAUACAAAAUCAUAUUUAAUUCCGCACAUUGUUUUGCAUCCGCUAGACGCGCGCCUCUCGUGAGUCGAUCCGCCGCAGGGAUUCCCCGUCGGAAGAUGGCGGCCGCAUCACAAUCGCGAUAGCCGCCACACUCGACCGACAACCGGUGCAGCGUUCCAUCCCGUCCAUGGAGGCCUUGCUAGCGCGCCUGUUCCCCGGCUGGGGAGAGGCGGCCUCGGAGCCGCACCAUGGCAGCAAGCGGCCGCGGUGGGCUAGGAGGAAAGCCAGGGGCGCGACUGCGGAGCCCACAGCCGCGGCGGCUCAGGAGCGGGACACGAGGGCAUUCCAUGAAAGCCUGUGGAGGGUUGGCAACCUGCCACGCGGGGUGCCGCCUCCAAGAACUGAAAUGCUCAAGAUACUCGGAUACAGCACAAACCAGGUUGCGACUACCAAUGUCUUGGUCGCGUUCCUGGCUGCGCCGGGGGUCGGCGUGCGGUCUCUGAUACAGAGGACCCGGUUUGGCAGCAUGGAUUGCACAACGAUGGACAUACCAUACGCUACCCCGCCGCCACAGUACCUCUGCGACGGCAGCGUGUACACCCUAGGAAUGGCGAAGCUACCGUUCGAGGGGUUUCUCAACAGCGGGCUCGCGACCAGUUCCGAGCACAUGGCCGUGGUUCUUGCCUAUGCUGUCAACUCGCCGGCCUCGUUGGAGGCUGCAAAGGAGCUGCAGAGCGCGCUCAUCCGCAGUAUGCAACAACGCCGCGCCGAGAGCAAGCACCAGCGGGUUGCCCAGGAGCGCAAGCGGCGCAGUCGCCGAGGUCGAGAGAAGCCCAGGGACCUGGAGAAGGGGCCGGCCCAGAUUGCGGAGCCGAAGGCCCCUGUGUCGGUCCGCCCUCCGCCGUUUCCCGUCAUACUUCUCGGCCUCCAAGCAGAUCUGCCUCGACAUAGGGAUCUCGAGGGCAAUGGACCCGGGCGUCAGCCUGAGAAUCCACAAGGAGACGACAUCAGUCCCGCACCUGCAGCAGUGGAGGGCGUGGACACACGGCGGCGGAAGCUCGAGGCCUGGGGAUUCGAAUGGAGCCGCACCAUGCUCCACGCCGAGGUGUCUGCGAAGACAGGCAGCGGAGUGCUCGAGGCCUUGGGACAGCUUGUGGAGGGAGUUGAUGCAGCAGCCAAGGCAGUGGCGGAUGCGGACGCCACAUUAGAAGAUAUGCGGGAUCACUGGAUACCAGCCGUCGCCCAAGUCGCUGAGGAUUCGGCAAAGGCCGACGGUUCCACUGCCCAGCCCCGAUGAGCGAUCGGGGCCGGGUUUCCCUUUGUUUAUAUGUUAUCUCUUUUCACAUCCACCUUGUUCUCCUUGCACAAAUUUUCCUCACCAGGGUCAGGGCGCCGGGGAUUUUCUUGAAUACCUAGGUUGGGACGACGAAGUAGCGGGGAAACAGGGACAUUAAAUGCAUCACCGUACACACGGCGGGAAACCAGCCGCUUCCUUAUUAUAGACCAUAGCAGUUCAUACGCAGUAAUACCCACUUCAUCCUUGCCUUUAAGCUGCGAGCAAGAAAAAGAAUGACACCGCUUUGCUAGAAGCACAUGGCUGG